UUAAUUCGCUUCGAAUCGAUGAAUUUAAUAUCGUGAAUUUUAAAUAUAGUACUUGAAAUUAUAUUGUCCUAUAUACAUUAUACGCAAUUUCGAGACUAUUAUACGCAAUACGGCGGACGUAAUUUAUCUGUUAACGGAAACGAGCCGUAUUCAUGAAGAAUGUGAUUUUAUAUCGGUCCUAGAUCAUUUAUGGAGACAGAAAAAUGGAGUAGCUUUAGUGUCGAAGAUUUGUUCGGCUCGUGCGACUUGGACAAGUCGGGUUAUAUCGACCGACACGAAUUAGCCGCCGUCUGCGACUUGGACGAUCAUGAUUUAAACGAGAUAUUUUAUCAACUUGACCUGGACAACGAUGGACGCAUCAGCGUGGAGGAAUUUUCUAAAAACUUUCAGAACUUUAGCGACUUCGUCGCUGAUCUGAAAUCGACAAAAGAGUCCGAAGGCCAAGGAGGACUUUCAAAAAGUCGCAAAGGAUUGGCCGCGUUCAAGAACGAUUUGGGGUUGGAUUCGUGUCUUGAUGCAAGAUUCCUUUAACCCGUCACAUUUGAAAAGAAAAUCAGGCGAAAAGUCUCAUUGUCAAACUAGAAGCCCGAAGACGAAGUCAUUGCAUGCAUAUGAUAUUAUUAACAUCACUACAAUGAAUUGAGAAUAAAGUUUCGUUAAUUCAACAUCAAUGCGUCUGUUUGUCAGCUAUCUUUCCUUUAAUGCUCUUUAUUGCAUGAAAACAUCACGAAGACAUUCAUAGUCGGCAGGUAUCGUCUAUUUUUACAUCACCUAACUCGUCUACGGAGUGACAGUUGUAAGAAUAUCUCCAGCUGUGUUGUCUCAGCUCUUGAACAAACACGUAAAUUCUAGACAUCGUAUUUGUUAAUAGCCAACACACAAACGUGCGCAUACUAAUGUGCUAAACGCUCAAAGAGCUCGAAGAUCACGAAACAGCAAGUUUAAGAUUUAUUUGGAAGGUC